AUGUCAGUCCUUCGGGUUACCAAUCGCCGCGGCCUUUUGGCCCUACGCCAAGUCAUCGCGCGCAACACAUUCAACUCCCGAGUUCCUCAGGUUUUGCAAAGGAGCACAUUUGCAACCCAGGGUUAUGGGGACAGCGAGGGAGGCCAAGUGAGCUCCAAUCCCAAGGAUCAGACCCCUAAUUCGCAAGCAACACACGAUGCGGAGCACCCAGGCCCGACACCCCCGGCCGGCAAAGCGAAGCAGAACGAUACGGGCAUGAAAACCCCAGAGGAUGCGAGCGCCCAAUCCGGCGGGUCAAGGUCCAAGGAUGCUAUUGAGAAAGGAAAGAGCCCAACUGCUGGGCACCUUGGGGGCAAGGAAUGA